UCGGUAGGGGGGCGCCUCUUGCAGGCCCUUCUGGGCACUUGAGGGGAGCGGCGCUGGCGCGCACGGGGCCACUGUGCCCUUGCUUUGGGGAUGCUCCAAGGGGAGUGAGAUGGAGGUGUAGGGGCGGAUACCUCGGUACCACUGGUGAGGGCCGGAGAAGCCUCGCUAGAAUGAGCUCUUAGACCGGUGGGGUGUGAGCGGUUGUGGGUGAGUCUAAACAAAACAACCGAAAAUCAAAGCGAGGUGCUCGCAGGUUGAGAGAGACACCUGGCUACAAACGUCCCGUGUUGACGGAUUGCCUUGUAGGCCCAGAGCAAUCAAAGGGGAGGUAGCUUUCUUGUUCAAGAAGCUACUGGUUUGCCUAGAACUCUAAAAGAAUCCUGUGAGUUUGGGAUUUCCUUUUAGAUGUACAUGAUGGAAGUUGGUUGGGGCUGGUGGCGAGGGGUCAUGUAAAGAGGUUCCAAUGGCUGCCUUAAGGUCCCAGUGCGGACAGCUUUUUCUUUUGGUGUCAUCACUUGCCCAUGGGAAUUAUUCAGAAUGUGCUUUGCCCGCAUGAGAGGCGAGGAGCUCUGAAGCUAUUGCUUGAUUAGCAGUUCUUCCUUCCUAUGUAGAAAAUCAAAUUUCUGGAACCAUCCUCUAUAGUGUAGAUUUUUGCCUACGCAAAGGCUGUCUUUAAUGUCUAGUGCUUGGCACUAAUUACUUUAAAAGUAGCAGGAUGGAAGUACAGUAGCUGAGGCACCACUGGCUUCUGAGCUCACUUCUAUGGAAAAUAAUUGUACAGAGUUGGGUCUACACUUUCCAGGGAAGUUAACGCUUGGCUGUCUAGUCCUAAUUUUUUACUUAACUUUCCCCUCCCCCCCUUCAGCCUCAUCUGUUUCAAUGGUGCAACUCUCUUCAUCCCCUUUUGGUUACCAGUCACCUUCAGGCCAUUCAGAGGAGGGAAGAGAGGGGAAUAUGAAGUCAGCCAAGCCCCAAGUGAACCACAGUCAGCAUGGGGAAAGCCAGCGGGGCUUGAGCCCCCUGCAGUCUACUCUCAGUUCUGCUGCAUCUCCUUCCCAAGCAUAUGAGACCUAUAUUGAUAAUGGACUCAUAUGCCUUAAACACAAAAUUAGAAACAUCGAGAAAAAGAAGCUCAAACUGGAAGAUUACAAGGAUCGCCUGAAAAGUGGAGAGCAGCUUAAUCCAGACCAGUUGGAAGCAGUAGAGAAAUAUGAAGAAGUGCUCCAUAAUUUGGAAUUUGCCAAGGAGCUUCAGAAAACCUUUUCUGGACUGAGCCUAGAUCUACUUAAAGCCCAGAAGAAGGCCCAGAGAAGGGAGCACAUGCUAAAACUUGAGGCUGAGAAGAAAAAACUUCGAACUAUACUUCAAGUUCAGUAUGUAUUACAGAACUUGACACAGGAACAUGUACAAAAAGACUUCACAGGGGGUUUGAAUGGUGCAGUGUAUUUGCCUUCAAAAGAACUUGACUACCUCAUUAAGUUUUCAAAACUGACCUGCCCUGAAAGAAAUGAAAGCCUGAGUGUUGAAGACCAGAUGGAGCAGUCAUCCUUGUACUUUUGGGACCUUUUGGAAGGUAGUGAGAAAGCAGUGGUAGGAACGACAUACAAACACUUGAAAGAUCUACUGUCUAAAUUGCUGAACUCAGGCUAUUUUGAAAGUAUCCCAGUUCCCAAAACUGCCAGGGAAAAAGAAGCACCAGUGGAGGAAGAAAUGCUAAUACAAUCAGAGAAGAAAAAACAAUUUUUGAAGACGGAAUCUGUCAAAGAGUCAGAGUGUCUUAUGGAGCUUGCACAGCCAGAGAUACAACCACAAGAGUUUCUUAACAGACGCUAUAUGACGGAAGUAGAUUAUUCAGACAAACAAGAUGAAGAGCAAUCUUGGGAAGCAGAUUAUGCUAGAAAGCCAAAUCUCUCCAAAUGUUGGGAUGUGCUUACUAAACCAGAUGGUCAGGAGAAGAAACAAGAAUCCUUUAAGUCCUGGGAGUCUCCUGGUAAGCACCAGGAGGUAUCAAAACCUACAGUUUCCUUAGAACAGAGGAAACAAGAAAUUUCAAAACUCAGGUCUACUCUGCCAGAAGAGCAGAAGCAGCAGGACAUUUCCAAAUCCAAGCCACCUCCUAACCAAUGGAAGCAAGAAACUCCUAAAUCUAAAGUAGGAUACACUCAUGAGGAACAGAAGAAACAGGAGACACCAAAGCUUUGGCCAGUUCAGCUGCAGAAAGAACAGGAUCCAAAGAAGCAAACGCCAAAGUCUUGGAUACCUUCUAUGCAGAAGGAACAGAACAUCACCAAGUCUUGGACCACUCCCAUGUGUGAAGAAGAGGAUUCAAAACAGCCAGAGACUCCAAAAUCCUGGGAAAACAAUAUUGAGAAUCAAAAACACUCUUUAACAUCACAGUCACAGAUUUCUCCAAAGUCCUGGGGAGUAGCUACAACAAGCCUCAUACCAAAUGACCAGCUCCUGCCCAGGAAGUUUAAUUCAGAGCCCAAAGAUGUGCCUAAACCUAUGCAUCAAGCUGUAGGUUCUUCCUCUACCCUUCCGAAGGAUCCAGUAUUGAGGAAAGAAAAACUGCAGGAUCUGAUGACUCAGAUUCAAGGAACUUGUAACUUUAUGCAAGAGUCAGUUCUGGAUUUUGACAAACCUUCAAGUGCAAUUCCAUCGUCACAACCGCCUUUAGCUGCUCCAGGUAGCCCAGUAGCAUCUACAGAACAAAAUCUAUCCAGUCAAAGUGAUUUUCUUCAAGAGCCGCUACAGGCAGCAAUUCCCCCAAGCAAGCAACCGUCUUCACUAACUUCUCCAAAUCCUCCCAUGUCAAAGGGCUCUGAACAGGGCUUCCAGUCACCUCCAGCAAGUAGUAGUUCUGUAACCAUUAACACAACGCCCUUUCAAGCCAUGCAGACAGUAUUUAAUGUUAAUGCACCUUUGCCUCCACGGAAAGAACAAGAAAUAAAAGAAUCCCCUUAUUCACCUGGCUACAAUCAAAGUUUCACUACAGCAAGUACACAAACACCACCCCAGUGCCAACUGCCAGCUAUACAUGUAGAGCAAACUGUCCUUUCUCAAGAGACUGCACAGACGAAUGUAUUUCCCAGACCUACUCAGCCAUUUGUCAACAGCCGGGGAUCCGUGAGAGGGUGUUCUCGUGGCGGGAGAUUACUAACCAAUUCCUACCGGUCCCCUGGAGGUUAUAAAGGUUUUGAUACUUACAGAGGACUUCCUUCAAUUUCCAAUGGAAAUUAUAGCCAGCUGCAGUUUCAAGCUAGAGAGUAUUCUGGAACACCUUAUUCUCAAAGGGAUAAUUUCCAGCAGUGUUAUAAGCGAGGAGGGACAUCUGGUGGUCCACGAGCAAAUUCAAGAGCUAACUGCUUCAUUAUGAGAAACUCACUGUUGCUAAUAAAACAGCAGGGUGGAGUGAUUCUUCUCAGGUGAGCAGCCCAGAAAGAGACAACGAAACCUUUAACAGUGGUGACUCUGGACAAGGAGACUCCCGCAGCAUGACCCCUGUGGAUGUGCCAGUGACAAAUCCAGCAGCCACCAUACUGCCCGUACACGUCUAUCCCCUGCCUCAGCAGAUGCGAGUUGCCUUUUCAGCAGCCAGAACCUCUAAUCUGGCCCCUGGAACUUUAGACCAACCUAUUGUGUUUGACCUUCUUCUGAACAACUUAGGAGAAACAUUUGAUCUUCAGCUUGGUAGAUUUAAUUGUCCAGUGAAUGGCACUUAUGUUUUCAUUUUUCACAUGCUAAAGCUGGCAGUGAAUGUGCCACUGUAUGUCAACCUCAUGAAGAAUGAAGAGGUCUUGGUAUCAGCCUAUGCCAAUGAUGGUGCUCCAGACCAUGAAACUGCUAGCAAUCAUGCAAUUCUUCAGCUCUUCCAGGGAGACCAGAUAUGGUUACGUUUGCACAGGGGAGCAAUUUAUGGAAGUAGUUGGAAAUAUUCUACAUUUUCAGGCUAUCUUCUUUAUCAGGAUUGAGAGUCAGUACAGAAUUGCUAAUAAAAGGAUGGUGUUCUAAUUAGUGGAAUUAAAGGAAAAGUAGUCCUUGCCCUGGUGACUAAUUGGUUUAAGAAAAUGUGUUCAUUCCUAGAGGAAGGAGGAGGUCCUUACUUUUUUGUUUUCCUCCCCAAGGUGAAAAAUCAAACUGAAUGACAAUUAGCACUAAUCUGGCACUUUAUAAAUUGUGAUGUAACCUUGCUAGUCAAGCUGUGAAUGUAUAUUGUUUGCACUUAAUCCUUAACUGUAUUAACGUUCAGCUUACUAAACUGACUGCCUCAAAUUCAGGCAAGUUACAAUGCCUUGUUGUGCCUCAAUAAAAAAGUUACAUGCAC